ACAGCAGGACAACGCGAUGUUUAGAGGGGAAAACGAUAGCCACGGCCUGGAAUGGGUGAUAAAUAGAAGACCUUUCUACGGGUGAUCCGUUGUAUUGGAAACCAGAACCAAGUAAACUGUUUUUGUACAAUUAAAAUUUCAAAAAUUGCUCUAAGGAAACUGUCAUAACGCACCUGCGCCCUGCAACGACUCAAAGGCCUUCCCUGCAAUGGUCUGGCUGCGUGCAGUGCUUUCGCUCGCCCUUCUGUUGGGCUGUGUGACUGCUGACCUGGGGACCAGAAGAGGCCCAGUGUUCCUACAUCCAAAUGAGGCAAAUCAGGUCAUAAGCCGUCCAAAGAGAGCCAAUGCAGGAAACGAAGAGGCUGACCUCUCUCCGAGCCUGGAAAGGGAGUGUCUGGAGGAGGUCUGCAAUUAUGAGGAAGCACGAGAAGUGUUUCAGGACACUUAUCGCACUGAUAUCUUCUGGUCUGUGUACAUUGAUGGAGAUCAGUGUGCUGACCAGCCAUGUAGAAAUGGAGCCAUGUGCUCAGACAGUGUUGGAGGUUAUGACUGUAUUUGCAAGUCAGGAUUUUCAGGAACCCACUGUGAGACAGAUCAGACAGUAUGUGUCAUAGACAAGAACAAAGGCUGCAGCCAGUUCUGUAAGCCUGGCUACCACCACUAUGAGUGUUCAUGUGCCCACGGGUGGAAGCUACAGGAGAAGGAGAAGUGUGUUCCUGCUGUGCAACACCCCUGUGGGAAAGUGAGCAGUCUGAGCCAGUGGGACAAGAGGCAGUCCAGCAACAUACAGUCGGACUACCAAGGACUAAACUGCAAUGCAGAAGAGUGCCCCUGGCAGGCCUUGCUACGUUGUACUAGCUCAAUGGCGUUUUGCAGUGGUGUCAUCCUCAAACACAACCUGAUUCUGACCACUGCACAGUGUGUCAACAAGUAUAGUGACUUUCAGGUGGCGGUGGGCAAGAGGUUACCAUCAUUUGAAGCUCAAGAGCAGAACCUCUAUGUGAAGCAGGUCCAUGUGCAUCCACUUUAUGUGGAAGGUAAACCAGACAAUGAUGUUGCUUUGGUGGAGCUGAGAGACAGGAUUAUGUUCAAGAAGACUGUGUUGCCAGCCUGUCUGCCUGAAAGAGAUUUUGCAGACAGUGUGCUGAUGUCAGGCGAGUACAUGGCUGUGGUUACCGGCUGGAAAGAUGCUGCUGAGUUCCAAGGAAACCUUAUGCUAAAUCACCUCUCCUACAGCACACUGCCCACUUGCAUGGACCGCCACUCUGGCCAGGUUACCAACAAGAUGGCAUGCACCAUGCCACAGCCUAAAGCAGACUGCAUCUUUAGCUCUGGAAGUCCUGUUCUCACCUUGUACCGAGAGGUGUUCUUCCUCACGGGCAUCGUGAGCCACUAUGAAGGCAGAGACUGCAAGAAUGGCUACGUCCUUCAGAAGGUGUCUCGAUUCCUUCCCUGGCUGAAGCCACUGAUGGAUUCCAUAAGAAAUUAAAUGGUAAACUCAUAUGGCUUGCUAAUUUGUCAUAACCAAAAAUGUCUGAAUUUGUGGUGUCUGUUUUUUUUUUUCCCAGAGAUCAACAAUAUAUUUUUUUCCUUUUUCCCUGUUUAAUCAAAUAAUUAAGUGCUUUAUAAUACAUCAGCUUGUCUUCAUAAAUUUCCCUUCAAUAUAAAGUUUCAUGUUUUGAUAUUAGUGCUUUAGAGUUUUCUCCAUAAGGUGGCAGUCUUUCCUUCAUAUCCAACUUUAAUAGCAGUAUGCAGACAAACUUAAUACACUUACUAGAAUAACUCAUAAGUACUGUAUGUUCAGGUGAUAAUAUAUUGUUGAACUGCAGGCUAAUCUAAAAUUUAAUUUUGGCUUAUAAAUAAUGUUAUAUUAUUAUUGCAUACGUGACUGGAACUGACCAAUAAAAACAAUCAACCAGAAA